AUGAUUAAUACAAUUAGCGUGGCGUUAAUCAGUGUUUUCCCGUUGUUCUUCUUAUUUUUCAUUUACGCAAAUUAUAAAUUGAAUUAUUGGAAGCGUCGGGGUGUGGAGCAGUUACCGAAUACGGACUUAUUUUUUGGACAUUUUAAGAAUGGUGUCUUGUUUCGGACAGCUCCAGGAUUGCACUUGGGAAAGUUGCAUCGCGCUGCCAAGAAAGACUCACCCUUCGUCGGAUUCUACAUAUUGCACAAGCCCUGUCUACUCCUCCGGGAACCUGAGAUCAUAAAACAGGUGCUCAUCAAGGAUUUUGAUAAAUUUCCGGAUCGGCAUUUCGCUGGAAAUGGGCAGAAAGAUAGCCUGGGCAUGAAGAAUCUGUUUGGGGUGAAAAGUCCAACGUGGAAAGUCCUUCGACGUAAAAUAACACCUGUUUUCACCAUAGGAAAAAUAAAACAAAUGUUUCCACUCAUGGCUGAAGUCGGGGAAAAUAUGACGAAUUACCUGAAGGAUCAGAAGAUUCAGCAAUCUGGGACUCGAAUUAUCGAUGUACAGGAACUCAAUUAUAAAUUUACGACUGAUAUAAUUGCGAGUAUUGCCCUUGGUAUGGAGACAGAUACCUUCAGUUAUCCUGAUACGGAGUUUUCGAAAUUCGUAUCCAACAUGUUCCAUGGGUUCAAACGAAAAGUAGCCCUAGUUCUCUUAUUCUUCGUACCAAACUUGGUGGAAAAAAUUGAUUCCUACAUCCUUACGAAUUUCAACUUCAUCAGAAAACUAUUCUGGACUGCUAUCGAAGAGCGCGAGAGGAUUGGCUCGAAAAGAGGAGACUUCAUUGAUUCCCUAGUGAAACUCAAAAAUGGAGAACAGAACCCGGUUUACAAAUUCGAAAGAGACAAUCUUAUACACCAAUUGGGUGUUUUUUUUGCGGGUUUGGAGUCCAGCUCAACUACUACAUCAUUUACACUGAUGGAACUGGCGAAAAAUAAGCAGUGUCAGGACCGAGCUAGAGAAGAUAUUUUGAGAGCUAUUGCUGAGCAUGGUUGGGGCUAUGAGGCCAUAAAUGAUAUGAAGUACUUGGAUCAAUGUUUUGCGGAGGGUCUGAGACUUCAUCCUCCAGUGCCUACUAUUGACAGGGUUACGAGAGGAGAAUAUAAGAUACCCGGAACUGAUAUUAUCUUAGAAAGUGGAACGCCUAUUUAUAUAUCGCUAUAUGGACUCCACGACGAUCCCAGAUUUUUCGAAGAUGCAGAAUCUUUCAAACCCGAACGUUUUGAGAAAGGCGAGGAAAUUCCGACAGCUUAUAUGCCAUUUGGCCUUGGCCCAAGGCAGUGUAUUGGAAUGAAAUUGGGACAAUUAUUCUCAAAGAUCGUGUUAUCAAUUAUCCUGAAGGACUAUGAAAUUCAUCAAAAUCUGGAGGACGAAUACUAUUUGGACUCACGAUCAACUUUGACAACCGCUGCCAAUGGAAUUGUUUUGCACUUGAGAAAACUCGAGACGUAA